AUGAGGCGGGGCUCUGGCAGCGGCCCGGCCUGGUGGCUGCAGGUACUGUCGCCCUUCCUGCUGCCUUUGUUCCACGGAGCUCUCCCGGAUCAGAUCCGUUACUCCAUUCCCGAGGAGCUGGCCAAGAACUCGAUGGUAGGAAACCUCGCUAAGGAUCUGGGGCUCGGUAUCCAAGAUCUGCCCACCCGGAAGCUGAGGGUCAGCGCAGAGAAGGACUAUUUUACUGUAAACCCAGAGAGUGGGGACUUGCUUGUGGGUGAUAGACUAGACAGAGAGCAGGUUUGCGGGAAGCAGCUUCUGUGUGUUCUGGAAUUCGAUAUUGUCGCUGAAAAGCCAUUAAAUAUUUUCCACGUAGCAGUAAUUCUUCAGGAUAUAAAUGACAACGCCCCUCUGUUCAAACAGAGUGAGAUUGAUUUAAACAUCGGAGAGUCCACCAGACCAGGUAAAGCAUUUCCAUUGGAUCCAGCCCUCGAUGCUGACGCUGGUUCUAAUUCACUUCAAAAAUACUAUCUCACUGAUAAUGACUACUUUGAGGUCACAGAGAAAGAGACCCCGGAUGGACGUAAAUACCCUGAGUUGAUUCUAAAACGUUUUCUAGACAGAGAAGAGCAGAACUUCCACCAGCUGGUCCUCACAGCUGUGGAUGGGGGGGAUCCUCCCCAAAGUGGCACCGCCCAGAUCCGAAUCCAAGUCACAGACGCCAACGAUAACGCGCCAGUGUUCAGCCAGGAUGUGUACAGGGUUGCCCUUCGGGAGGAUGUGCCUCAGGGCUACUCUGUGCUUCAAGUGACAGCCACCGACCAGGACGAGGGCGUCAACGCCGAGAUCACCUACUCUUUUCACAGGGUAGAGGAACAAGUGGAGCGAUUUUUCAAAUUAGACAAGCGAACCGGAGAAAUCACGACAAAGGGUAAUUUGGAUUUUGAGACUGCUAAGAGUUACUCCCUGAGCGUAGAAGCAAAAGAUCCCGGAGACCUGGCAUCCCAUUGCAGUAUCCAAGUGGAAAUUCUGGAUGAGAAUGACUGUGCGCCCGAAGUCAUUGUGACUUCAGUGUUUUACUCCGCUGCCUGAAGAUUCUCCGCUAGGAACAGUCAUCGCCUUGAUAAAAACCAGGGACAGGGACUCCGGAGAAAAUGGAGACGUUUACUGCCACGUCUUGGGAAAUGAAGAGUUUGUACUGAAAUCUUCUU